AUUUUGGUUUAUUAACGAAAAAAUCUUAGAAUUGGAAGUUGGGCCUAAGUCAACCCUACAAAACUGACUUGUAAGGUGAGGAUUGCCUCUACCAUAGACUCAGGUUCAGGUCAUCUCACAUCCGAUGUUUUACAUUGUAGUGGAAAUUUUUUAGUCUUAGCUUUUUAUAUUUUUGGUACAGAAAAAAAUAUAUGAUUUAUUAGAGUGAUUUUUGGUAAUGAAAAUUGCUCAUGUUACUUGUAUUCUAUUCUGAUCUUGAUUUCAUUGAUAGUUAUUAAAGUGAAAACAUUUUGUUAGAUGACUAGGGCUAAUAGUUUAUGAAAUCUGAAUUACUUGUAUGCAUGGUUUGAGUUUAUAGUUAUGAGGUUUUGUUUUUCUAUGUUACUUGGCAGAUGGUACCCUUUGAGGAAAAUGAUAAUGAUAUUUUCAUGGAGCAUGCGUCUUAUGAAGGCCUUGAUUCGAGUUCUCGAAUAGGUCCCGAAUUCCAGGCGAAAAUUCCUUUCGUGAUUAAGAAAUCAGAGCCGUAUUCACUUCGAAUGAAUCCUGCUGGUUCAUUAGCUGUGCAUGAUAAAUCACUUUCUUUUGCAAUUGGUUUGCCCAUCCCAGUCACCUGGAUACACAAUGAAAUGGAGGAUAGUGGACAUGAAGAGUUGGUAUAUCAUCGAGACAUCGAUUCAUGUCAAUUGGCCCCUGGCAUAUUGAGUAGCUCUUGGAGUGAUGCUGAUAAGAAAAGUUUUCUACUUGGUUUGUUUAUUUUUGGGAAGAACUUUAUUCAGAUCAAAAGGUUCUUAGACAACAAAGGGAUGGGGGAAAUACUUUCAUUUUACUAUGGAAAAUUUUACAAAACUGAUGGAUAUCGUAGAUGGUUGGAGUGCAGGAAGACAAAAGGCAGAAAAUGUAUGAUAGGACGGAAACUUUUCACUGGUCCGAGGCAGCAUGAACUGUUGUCUCGCUUGAUUCCUCAUGUCUCGGAAGAAUCUCAAGAUACUUUGUUACAGGUUUCUAAGUCAUAUGUAGAGGGCAGAACUUCUCUAGAAGAAUACAUAUCUUCAUUGAAGGCUACUGUUGGACUUGGCGUUCUUGUGGAAGCAGUAGGUAUUGGUAAGGAGGAGGGAGACCUUACUAGGCUUGGUGUGGACCCUGCCAAGAACAGUCGGGCGUUAAAAGCACCAACUUGCAAAGCUUUGUCUUCUCUUGAACCGAGUGAUAUAAUACAAUCUCUAACAGGAGGAUUUCGGCUGAGCAAAACCAAAAGUAAUGAACUCUUUUGGGAAGCCGUUUGGCCCCGCUUACUGGCAAGAGGUUGGCACUCUGAGCAACCAAAGUAUCGAGGCUAUGUGACCUCCAAAGAUUAUCUUGUUUUUCUUAUUCCCGGUGUUGAGAAGUUUUCGAGGAGAAAACUUGUGAAAGGUGAUCAUUACUUUGAUUCUGUUAGCGAUGUCUUGGGCAAAGUAAUAGCUGAACCGAAUAUUCUUGAGCUUGAAGAUGAAGCAGCAGCAGCAGCUAAAGUUGGUAGCUUCAAUGAGGAAGAGCCGGAAAAGGGAUCAAGUGAAGAUGAUUCAUCCGAUGAUCAUCGUCAAUGUUACCUCAAGCCCCGAUCUUCUACUUACAAAAAAGAUCAUAUCAAAUUCAUGGAUAUUGAUACCAUUUUGGUGCAUGGCGGAAAGCCGUCUGAUUUAAGGAAAUUGAAAUCUGUUCCUGUCAAUGCAGUGGGUAAAGUUGAGGUCGAUGCUGCUGGUAAAAAAUAUAAAGGGCAAAAAUAUAUGAGGAAAGUAAACCAUAGCAAGGAUACCUCUAAAAGCAUUAUACAGAAUUCGACAAAGUUGACAGUUAUUGAUACCAAUAGACUUUCCGAAGGAAAAGUAUUGAAGCUGAAAGUGAAACAAUUGAAAUACCCGUCAGUUGAGUUAGAGGGUGCCUCUACGAUGACUACCACUCUUCUGAGAGAAAGUAAGGGCAGCUCUUCAACCAAUGAUUCGCCUAAUAUGCUGAUAUGUGCCAAAAAGAAAAUCAAUAAAACUGAUAGUCGCAGAGGUGUAUCUAACAGUGGUGCUCCCAUUGAAAUAGAAGCUUAUGAAAAUCCUGAUAAUGAUGCAAACAAGAUGACCGAAAACCAGAAAAAUCAACACACCUAUGUGUUUGAUGAUGAUGUUAGUCUGAAGAGGAUCGCAAAGCAUCAAUUCAAUCGGCGAGUAAGAUCAGGUGAUUCUACUGAUGCAGUUGUUCCUAUUAAAAGGAGGAGAUUGACUGAUUGUGCCAAGUCAGAGAAGAGCCGCAUCAUGGAGAAUUCUUCAGGAGGUUUUGGGUCAGAAAAACUUGAAUUUUCUCAGUAUUCUAGCUUUCGACACGGCAACCAAAAUGUUUGUGAUCCAUUUAGUCAUCAGCAAAAUGGAAGUUCAACAUCUUCAGCAGACAAAAGUGUUUCUUGUGUUAAAGUUGAGAAAUGUGAAUCUUUCACCUUCAACAUACCUCAGGUUCCAUCGAAGUCCCAAUAUAGCAAAACAAUGGCAAUCGUGGAGGAAGGUGAGCAAGAACUAAAGUCAAAAGAUUCUCUUAGAAUCCCUUGUGCUGUUGGCUCUUUUGAACAAGAACAACCGGCUGAUAUGAUUCCGAGGAGACAAAGCACUAGAAACAGACCAUUGACAGUUAGAGCAUUGGAAUGUAUAGCAAAUGAAUUCUUGUAUGUGCAAAGGAGGCCGAAAAAGAAAGACAUCGUGACACACAACAAAGAUGCUCUCGAUCGUUAUUGUAAGGCUCGGAAAAGAGGCAAAACAAUGCUGAACCAUCAUUGUUCCGAUCAUGGGACUGCUGUUUUGGUACAAGAAGAAAAACAUUUGGAUGGAGAUGGUAGUGUUAGCUAAAUAUUGCCCAAAAUGUACACAAAAAUGGCAAAAGUAUAAAUUAUGCCAUAUGAUUUUUUUUUAAGAUAGAAUAUAGAUAUAGAUAAAUUAUUAUUCGGA